UUUCAGGCGGAGUGGUGCGUUACAGCUGGAGGUGCAGCGGAAGGAGACAUCACAAAAAGGGUGGACAGUGCGGCUUUUUAGUUUUGCCGGCUUAAUCGCAACUCCUCAGAGCAGUGCACGAGACCGGCAUCCCGCGAGAUGUACUGCCUUGUCGUCGGAUUUCAUUUGGUCAUUUAGUUUCUUUGCAUUUAACUUUUAGAAAGCUGUCAGAUACAUUAACUUAAUGUUGCAACGAAUAACUUUUUGACGUGAAAGUAAACGCGCGUUUGGUCUCUCACCUUGUCGGCUGAGGCUGCCACUCUCUCCAUCACUCUCAUUUUACCUGAAGAGAAGAACCGUCUGACUGCGCAAUCAUGGGGUAUGGGCGGUCGGAUAGCUACCGCGUGGCCACCACGCAGGAUAAAGGUGAUAAAGACUCUCCCAAAAAGAAGAAGGGAACGAAGGAUCUCGAUGAACUGAAGAAAGAAGUUCCCCUGACAGAACACAAGAUGUCAGUUGAGGAAGUGUGCCGGAAAUUUCAGACAGACAUUGUUCAGGGUUUGACUAAUGCAAAGGCCAGAGAUUAUCUGGUUAGGGAUGGGCCGAAUGCUCUGACCCCUCCUCCUACAACACCUGAGUGGAUUAAAUUCUGUCGUCAGCUCUUUGGAGGUUUCUCCAUCUUGCUGUGGAUUGGAGCCAUUCUCUGUUUCUUGGCCUACGCCAUUCAGGCUGCUACCGAAGACGAACCAGCUGGAGAUAACUUGUACCUGGGUAUCGUGCUGUCUGCUGUGGUCAUCAUCACAGGCUGCUUCUCCUACUUCCAGGAGGCAAAGAGCUCUAAGAUUAUGGAGUCCUUUAAGAACAUGGUGCCCCAGCAAGCAUUAGUGAUCCGUGAGGGAGAGAAGAUGCAAAUCAACGCUGAGGAAGUAGUAGCAGGCGAUCUGGUUGAGGUCAAAGGCGGAGAUCGAAUCCCUGCUGACCUCAGAAUUAUCUCCUCUCAUGGCUGCAAGGUGGAUAACUCCUCCCUCACUGGUGAAUCAGAACCCCAGACGAGAUCCCCUGACUGUACCCAUGACAACCCUCUGGAAACCCGCAACAUUGCUUUCUUCUCCACUAACUGUGUGGAAGGUACUGCUCGUGGUAUUGUGGUCUGUACUGGUGACCGCACCGUGAUGGGACGCAUCGCCACUCUCACCUCAGGACUGGAGACAGGGAAAACUCCCAUUGCCAAGGAGAUUGAGCACUUUAUUCACAUAAUCACAGGCGUGGCCUGCUUCCUUGGAGUGACUUUCUUCAUUUUGUCAGUCGCUCUGGGGUACACCUGGCUGGAGGCCGUCAUCUUCCUCAUCGGAAUCAUCGUUGCUAAUGUGCCUGAGGGUCUGCUGGCUACUGUCACUGUGUGCCUCACUCUGACAGCCAAGCGUAUGGCUCGUAAGAACUGCCUGGUGAAGAAUCUUGAAGCCGUAGAGACACUAGGUUCCACCUCAACUAUCUGCUCGGACAAGACUGGAACUCUGACCCAGAACCGAAUGACUGUUGCACACAUGUGGUUCGACAACCAGAUCCAUGAAGCUGACACUACUGAAGAUCAGUCUGGUGCAUCAUUUGAUAAGAGCUCGGUGACGUGGGUGUCUCUGGCCCGUGUGGCGGCGCUGUGUAACAGGGCAGUGUUUAAGGCAGCACAAGAUGCUUUGCCCAUCCUGAAGAGGGACGUGGCAGGUGAUGCCUCUGAGUCCGCUCUGCUCAAGUGUAUUGAGCUGUGCUGUGGAUCAGUCAAGAUGAUGAGAGAGAAGAACAAGAAAGUAGCUGAAAUCCCAUUCAACUCCACCAACAAAUACCAGCUGUCCAUCCACGAGACAGAGGAUCCCAAUGAUAACCGUUACCUGUUGGUGAUGAAGGGGGCGCCAGAGCGCAUCCUGGACCGCUGUUCCACCAUAAUGCUGCAAGGUAAAGAGCAGCCCAUGGACGAAGAGUUGAAGGAGGCCUUCCAGAACGCCUACAUGGAGCUUGGAGGACUGGGAGAGCGAGUGCUGGGAUUCUGCCAUCUCUUACUUCCUGAGGAUCAGUACCCAAAAGGCUUUGCCUUUGACACAGAGGAUGUGAACUUCCAGACAGACAACUUGUGCUUCGUGGGGCUGAUAUCAAUGAUUGACCCGCCUCGCGCUGCCGUGCCCGAUGCUGUGGGGAAGUGCCGUUCUGCUGGCAUCAAGGUCAUCAUGGUGACUGGAGAUCACCCCAUUACUGCCAAAGCCAUCGCCAAGGGUGUGGGCAUCAUCUCAGAGGGUAACGAGACCGUGGAGGACAUUGCUGCCCGCCUCAACAUCCCCGUUAGUCAGGUCAAUCCCAGGGAUGCCAAAGCUUGUGUGAUUCAUGGAACAGAUCUCAAGGACUAUUCUCAAGAGCAAAUAGAUGAAGUUCUGCAGAACCACACAGAGAUUGUGUUUGCCAGAACAUCUCCACAGCAAAAACUCAUCAUUGUAGAGGGCUGCCAACGACAGGGUGCUAUUGUGGCUGUAACAGGUGAUGGUGUGAAUGACUCUCCGGCCCUGAAGAAGGCUGAUAUCGGUGUUGCCAUGGGCAUUUCUGGCUCUGAUGUGUCUAAACAGGCUGCUGACAUGAUUCUACUGGAUGACAACUUUGCCUCCAUUGUCACUGGCGUGGAAGAGGGGCGUCUGAUCUUUGAUAAUUUGAAGAAGUCCAUUGCAUACACCUUGACCAGCAACAUCCCUGAGAUCACCCCCUUCUUGUUCUUCAUUAUUGUCAAUAUCCCUCUGCCCCUGGGCACAAUCACCAUCCUCUGCAUCGACCUAGGAACUGACAUGGUCCCUGCUAUCUCCCUGGCUUAUGAGGCCGCUGAGAGUGACAUCAUGAAGAGGCAGCCCAGGAACCCUCUGAGAGACAAACUUGUGAAUGAGCGUCUCAUCAGCAUUGCUUAUGGACAAAUUGGUAUGAUCCAGGCUUUGGGUGGCUUCUUCGCAUACUUUGUGAUUCUGGCUGAGAAUGGCUUCCUGCCCUCUCUGCUCGUGGGUAUCAGACUCAACUGGGAUGACCGUUCCUUCAAUGACCUGGAAGACAGUUACGGACAGCAGUGGACAUACGAGCAGAGGAAGAUUGUUGAGUUUACAUGUCACACAGCGUUCUUUGUCAGUAUUGUGGUCGUACAAUGGGCUGAUGUCAUCAUCUGCAAGACCAGACGCAACUCAGUAUUCCAGCAGGGCAUGAGGAAUAAGAUUCUGAUCUUCGGGCUGUUCGAAGAAACAGCUCUUGCUGCAUUCCUCUCAUACUGCCCGGGCAUGGAUGUGGCCCUCAGGAUGUACCCACUAAAGCCGAGCUGGUGGUUCUGUGCUUUCCCGUACAGUUUCUUAAUCUUUGUGUAUGAUGAGGUCCGAAAGCUGCUCCUGCGCCGGAACCCUGGUGGUUGGGUGGAAAGGGAGACAUACUAUUGAUCAACAAGUUAUCUUCUUUACUCUCAUUCUUACAUUUCCAUUUUGUUCUACUUCUCUCUUCUCUCCCCAAUCAGAACGCACAACCAUUCUCUCCUCCCCCGUUUAAAGAGACAGCAGCUUUAAGCCAAUAGCAUGUCUCUCCCCAAAGAGGAAAACACAAAGCACCUUUCAGACUCGGGACCGUCCACCAUCAUGCCCCCAUUUCCUAUAAUACUCUUUGCAUGUAUUUUCACACAGCUGUGUACAUAAAGUCUACUAUAUAUCUUAAAGUGGCAGCUGCAUAAUCAUUAUGUAGAUUCGAAAGGAGCUUUUGAUGCUAAAAAGGGAGUAUAUACACCCACCUAUUAAAAAGGCCGUCCAUUCACACUUCCCCUCCUUCAUUUCUUCUCCCUGUUCCUCCUGUCACACACGGAUACACAGAUCACACAAAUCUGUUGUUGGAUCCCACAACACACUGCUCAACUCCGUUUAACACUCUGACUUUCUCUGUUUUAAUGAAAUUUUGUUUAAUAAUUUUGCUUGUUAGGUCAUUUUAUGUUCUUUAUUCAGUAAGGGAGAUGGCUCAGUGGCUUUGAACAGUUUAUAUAAUUUGUAUUUUCUAUUGAAGUUUGAUGGAAACAAGCAUGUUGAUUCUGUUUCCCCACAUUGGCAUUCUCUAUCUCUUUCUCUGUCUUUCUUCUGCUCUUUUAUGCCUUUGUUCGUGUGUUUGUUUGACCCACUGCUACAAUAACCCUAAAUGUUUCAAAUACAAUUACAAACACUUGUGUGUUUUAGGAAAAAUAUAAACAAUACCAGAUCUGAUUAAAACAAAUAAAGACAUGUAUUGGAAGAUAGAAACACUGGAAAAAACAGUAAAAAAUUAACCUGUUGUUUGUUAAAACUUAAAUGACUGAAACACACUGCAGGCAAGUCCAUGUUUAAUAUCAGGUAUCGCACAGAACAUGAGUAUGAUGUUGAACAGCGUCUGUGGAAUACAAUCUACUGCCGUUAUGGACCUAAACACACCAGGUCUAAUUGUUUCCCCCUUGUGUCAGUUUUCACAGAUCUGGCACAGGUUAUCUCCCUUGUAGAAACAUGAGGAUAGAAAUCUGAACCACAUAUUUUCCAAAAAUCUGUCUUGAGAGAUCACAUUUUUUGACAUAAUCAAAUGAUUUGAGUAAUUGAUUGGGUCUGGUGUGUGAGGGUUCCAGGAGAUGAGUUUAUCAGGAGAUGAAAUCAGUAUGAAACCGUAUCAGGUCUCAUGGUCUGUAUGCGUGCAUCUCUGUUUGUGGUGUGUGUGUGUAUGCAUGUGUGAGGUGAGGGACAGUGCGCUGUUGCAGCCAGUCAUUGUCUGUGUUCAUCUGACAGAAGUGUUGAUGCUGAAACUUAAGACAGAGAAGAAAAAACUACUGAUAGAAAAAUGGAUCUUAAUGAAGUCAACUCCAAUAAAACAUCUAGUACAUUUAAUACAAA